UCCACCUAGAAACAAGAAAACUCAUACAAAAUGUUCAAACUCGCUUUAUUCUUUGCCUUUGUUGCUGCUGUGUCAGCUGGAGUUUUACCAGCAGCUCCACUUGUAGCUGCACCUGCAGUUGCAGCAUUGCCUGCACCUAUUGUCACUGCCAGGAGUAGUCAAGUGAUUGCCAGAAAUUAUAACACAUAUGCUGCAGCUCCAUUAGCUGUUGCUGCUCCUGCUGCUGUUGCUACUCCAGUUGCUGCUCCUGCUGCCUUUACUGCUCCACUUCCAGCAGCUCCAUUGGCAUACACUGCACCAGCUUAUGCUCCAAGUCUAGCAUACUCUUCACCGUUUGCUGCUCCUUUGACUUACUCUGCCUACUCACCUUUCUUCUACAAAUAAAUAUUAAAUAAAUAAUUUGUUAAAUACAUGAUGCUCAAAA